AUGAAACUAUUUACCACCUCACGUCUUGGUAGUCCACUACGCCUGGUAAGCCGUAGCUCUCAAAAGCGAUUUGCAAGCACUUCGGGUUCGGAUGUUGCCCAACAACUCUUGAGCCAACUCAAAGGUCGUGUCACAACGCGUCGACAAGUCCUAGACGGCAACCAGCUUCAGAAGCUCAGUCUCACUCUUGACCGACGACACCUCCACCCUGGACAUGAUAUUUCUGUAAUGGCACCAGCUAAUGGCACGGUCCUACCACCAGGCUACCAUCUGGUCUAUUUCACACCAAGCGGAACGGAACUUGAUUUAGGAGUAGAUGGGACUGAUCGAAGCUUUAAUGCUCUGGAGCCGUUUACGCGACGUAUGUGGGCGGGAGGACGUAUGCAAUGGGCCAAAGACCGUCCCUUGCGCGUUGGUGAAGAAAUCGAGGAGCGCACCUAUUUGCUAUCUGCGGAGCCAAAGAAAAGCCGGGACGGAACCGAAAUGAUAGUAGUUACUAUUGAGAAAGAGUUUUGGGGUUCGCAGGGGCUCACUCUGACCGACCAAAGGUCUUGGAUAUUCCGCACAGAGCUCUCGGAGCCUUUGGAGAACACUGCUGUGCCUACCCGCUUGGUGACAGCACAGACAAGCGUCGAAACUGUGCAGCACUCACCGACAGGGUACCCAGAGCGCCAGAUGACGUGGUCUCCUAUAUCUCUCUUCCGCUUCUCGGCGCUGACGUUCAACGCGCAUAGAAUACACUAUGAUGCGGCCUGGAGUCAAGGAGUUGAGAACCAUCGUGGCCUUGUCGUGCAUGGUCCGCUUAACUUGAUCAACUUGCUUGACUACUGGCGUGACGUUCACGCUGUUUCCGAUGGUGCAGGACCAAGUGAGAUUACAUACAGAGCACUGUCACCUCUAUACUCGGGCGAGCGUUAUGCCGUCAAGACUAGUCCUGGCGAGAAGUCCAAGGGAAAUGUCGAGAUUCUGGUGGAAAGGAAGGGCACAUUAUGUAUGAAGGGGGUGAUUUUAGAAUGA